UAAUUGGCAUUCGUAUAUUGGACAUUAAGUGAUAGUGAUACACUGACAUUGUAAGAUCUGGAGUGAGUCAGCAAUGUAGUCUGGCAGCAACUCAACCCAGGAUUUACAAGAAAUUGCAUGACUGACUAAAAAGGGAACGCCUUCAAGAUAAGGGUGACCAAUCACUUUGUGAAGUACAACGCCCCGCAUCUCUAUAAAGCGUCAGCUGCAUCUCCGCUUGUAGACAUACGACUCUAUAUACCCAACUAAACAGGCAAAGAUGGCGAUCAUUACAGUAUGGACAUUUCUUCUGUUGACCUCUGGUGUGGCCGUAGAGAUUAAAACGGAUGGUGGUCGCUAUGUCUCUCCUCCUAUUCCCCUGAACAUGGCCCUUGACUCUGUUGACGACAUGUACAACGGCUGUAGAAAGGAAAUGUCAUUGCUGAUAGAGAACAAAUAUCUUGAGGAGGAGAAAAAAACAACAAAAAACUUCAAUGCUUCCUGGACAAUGGCAGAAAAGUGUGCAAGAAACAGGACCAUUAAAGACAAUCUUAAACUGAAGCAUGUCCAGGCUAUCUGUGCUUACACUGCAGGACAACCCAAAAUAUACAAAGAUUUUAACCAAGCAUGUUUUACCAACAAGAGCAUCUACACUUCUUCUUUCACGUUCCACUCCCUGCAUUUCCUGCUGACUGAAGCUAUUCUCCUCCUGAAACAAAACCCAGACCAACAGGGCUGUUACACCACAUACAGAAGAACUAAAUUGAACUUUACAGGUGAAGUGAACAAGGAAAUCCGUUUUGGCUCAUUUGCCUCCAGCUCUUUCCUAAAGAACUUGACACAUUUUGGAGAGAAGUCCUGCUUUGAGAUAAAGACAUGUUUUGGUGCUUACCUCAAAUCCUACCCAGUGAUGGGAGAUUAUGAAAAGGAGGUGUUGAUUCCACCCUAUGAAGUGUUCAACAUUACAGCCGUGAUCAAGAAAGAAGAAGUGAAGGAUCUUUGGUGCGAUGUUGUGUACAAACUACAGGGCAACAAAACAUUGAGUGACCUGAAUUGCAAAAUGGUCAAGUCGCUCCAAAUAGGGUGAAAUAAAACCAGCACAUCUGCUUACCUACAGUCUGUAAAACAUUAUCAGCAGGCUACAGUACACCCUUCAAGUUCCCUUCAUCAUAAAUAGAGAAUGAUCAAUCAUUCCCAAAUCUCAGCUGUUAUGCUACUGUCAACAUGGCGUGAUUUGUAUUGCUUGCUCAGUUAAGACACGGCUUGCUCAGUUAAGACACGGCUUGCUCAGUUAAGACACGGCUUGCUCAGUUAAGACACGGCUUGGUCAGUUAAGACACGGCUUGGUCAGUUAAGACAUUGCUUGCUCAGUUAAGACACGGCUUGCUCAGUUAAGACACGCCUUGGUCAGUUAAGACACUGCUUGCUCAGUUAAGACACGGCUUGCUCAGUUAAGACACGGCUUGCUCAGUUAAGACAUGUUUGCACAUAUUAGGAUUCUUAUUUUAUGAUAUUUUUGACAUUGUUCAGCAUGUGCAUGCAGCUUUUGCUUUUGUCAAUAAAGAAAAAAAGGAUUAUAUCUGAUAGAUUGUAAAUGAAAUGAAAGUAGUGUUAGGUUAAGCUCUUUGUGUAUGAGAAGAGUAUAAUUAAUUAGUGGACUGCAGUGGACUGUAGGAAUGUGUACUCCCAAUAACUCUCCUGACUGAUAAGUCCUGUGGUGUGCACGGAGGAGCAUGGAGAAAUCCUGGGUGAUGUUAAAGUAGUGAAGUACAUCUUUGUGGAAGGGAGGGGGUGAGAGCUAAGGGUAGUGGACACUGCACUGUAUUGCAUGUACUGUAUUCAGCUGUACUGUAUUCUUCGCUGAGUAAACAUCUGAAACGUCAUUCAGAGUUGGGCUCUUUUGUAUGACAAAUACGUUUCUUGUAUAUUACGAAAAUUGGUCUACAUCGCAUGUCCUUUUUCUAUACCAACUCUGUUAUAGAUCUAUGGAUGAUACAAAUAAAAAAUAA